AUGAACACCAUCCAGAGCGUCCUCCCCGCCGACGCCACCGCGCGCGUCCUCGAGGAGUACCUCGCGAGCGCAGCCCAAUCGCGCGAGUCCGGCUUCGACAGCGACGAAGCCAUGUCGACCGAUUCCUCCUUCAUCGACGAGAGCUCCUCCUCGCUCGCCACCUCGAGCGACGUCGCCUCCGCGUUCUCCUCGCUGACGCUCUUCGACCGGCUGCACACGGGGUCCAUCGGCUCGGACGACUCCGGGUUCAGCAGCGACGACGAGUUCGCGGACGACGAGAUCCGCGCGCGGCAGCGGCUCCGCAAGGACCUUGUGCUGGGCCGCCCGCCGGCCGCGCUCAUGCGCUGGCGCGCGCGCGAGCUGGUAGACCUGCAUGAGGCGUACAUGAAGCAGCUCGCCGACGCGGACGUCGAGCUCGCGGAGCUCACUGGCGUGGCGAACGAUGUUAUCGUCCGCCGGCCGGUGACGGUCGAGUAUCGCGCGCCACCCGAUGUGAAUGGGCAGGAUACGGCGGCGAUCGUGCGCGACCUCAGGAUGCGCUCGGCGAAGGAGAUCGCGGACAUGGAGAGGCCGGAGUCGGUAGGAGCGUUGGUGCUCUUGGCGCAGGCGCUGUUCAGGCGCGAGAAGGAGGUCAAGAGGAUCCUGUACAGCAGGAGUUCAUACCGGAUGGACGAAGACAGUGAGGACGACUAG